ACUCUUAGGGAACUGGGGAUUAGGUAGAGGAGAGACUUCUCCAACUCAAACCACGCGUUCCACUGACCAGAGAGACCACAAUCGGGUGUGAGAGGAGGAGGCGCGUGAGCGCGCGGGAGAGCCCAGAGGGAGAAGGACAAGGCGGUGAGGCACGCACCCUCUUCAUCUUUCUCUCUCAUCUCGUCUGACGUGAAGAGAUGAUGAAGGCUACUUUUAAGGGAAGAUACACUACCGAUAAAAGCAGUGCCUCUGCAACCAUCGCCAUUAACGCCGGCGAUGUCAAACUUCGUGCUUCCAUGACCGAUGCCACGGUCGUCAAUGGUCCCAGUUUAAAUGGUCUCGGUCUCUCCCUCGAGAAGCCUGGCUCUUUCAUCGUCGAUUACAAUGUCCCCGAAAAGGAUGUUAGGUUUCAGUUCAUGAACUCGAUCAACGUUAUGGAUAAACCUCUGAGACUAACUUACAUUCAUGGGCAUCGUGACAACCGGGCGAUUUUGGAUGGGACUCUUGUCUUCGAUUCGGCUAACAAAGUCUCAGCGAAUUAUGUUUUGGGUUCUGGGAACUGCAAAUUGAAGUAUACUUACGUGCAUGGAGGGGUCAGGACCUUUGAGCCGUGCUACGACUUCGCUAAGAAUUCAUGGGACUUUGUGGUUUCGCAGAGGGUUUAUGGGGACGAUGUGUUGAAGGCUUCGUACCAGACAUCGACCAAGGUCUUGGGCCUGGAGUGGGGCAGAGAUUCCAAGGUUAAUGGUUCAUUCAAGAUAUCGGCAUCUGUCAAUUUGGAAGAGGAAGUUAAAAGGCCAAAAUUAACCACUGAGACUACAUGGAAUUUUGAAAUGUGAAAUUUCUGUUAGUUGAUUAAGUAUUGAAAUUUCUUACAUGUCAUCCAACACACACUGUUUCUAUUGGUUGUAUUCCCAAUAAUUUGGGGCUCUUCUUUAUAGCUCUUUGAACACUUGCUAUUAUUUUCCAUUGAGCUGAAAACCAAGCCAAUGGCAGCUUUACAGGUUUUUUUUAUAACAAACGAAGGAUUGAUUCUCUGUUGAAAUUUGAAUGCAUUUGUAGCAUUGUUGAAA